GUUGAUUAACCUGUACCGCUCUACCUUGUUCCUGUCGCUCCAGAACUGUCUGAUCCGGGUGACGUCUCGAGGUCGGGAGGCUCUGGUGACCGACUUCGGCCUGGCCAGGGAAGUGGUGGAGCUGCCAGUCAAAGACCCCGGCAGGAAGCUGUCCCUGGUGGGCUCCGCCUUCUGGAUGGCCCCUGAGAUGCUCCGAGGAGAGCCAUACGACCGCAAGGUGGAUGUUUUCUCCUUCGGAAUUGUUCUCUGUGAAAUUCUGGCCAGGAUCCCAGCGGACCCAGAGAUACUACCCAGAACACAGGACUAUGGGCUGGAUGUGAAUGCGUUCAGGAAGCUGGUGACUGGUUGUCCUCCACGUCUCCUGGAGUUAGCAGCCAGCUGCUGUAUGGUAUGUAGA